AUGUUUUUGCUACUAAUAGCUGUUUGUAUAAACGCGAGGUAUGGCUCUUCAGCUCAGUUACUCAUUAACACUUCAUCGUUAGGCUUGAUUCAAGGAGAAAUAAAUCCGGUCAUAAAUAAUGUUCGUCAAUUUAUUGGUAUUCCUUUUGCACAACCACCUGUUGGUACACUUCGUUUCAAACCGCCUGUUGCUCUUGUUAAUAUUUCGUCUUCCGGCGUCUACAAUGCAACAGGAGCAGCACAUCAGGGUGGAUUUCCUGUACUCAAUUGUAUGCAAAUCUCCUUAGAAAAUUCAAGUGAGAUCUAUGGACAAGAAGAUUGCCUCUACCUUGACAUUUUUCUUCCAUUAAACAUCAAUAAUGGAACUUUAUUACCCGUAGUGGUCUAUAUCUAUGGUGGUGGUUUUGAAACUUCAGAUCCACAUAGUCCAACUGCACUCAUUUCGUUGUAUCAAAAUGUCAUUUAUGUUGCUAUACGUUAUCGUGUUAAUGUUUUCGGUUUUAUGGCAUCGACAGCUCUGUCAGCUAGUAGACCAGGGCCUAUUCAAUCAUCAGGUUUACAAGGUUUUGAAGAUCAACAGAUGGCAAUUAAAUGGGUUCGAGAUAACAUUCAAUCUUUUGGUGGUAAUCCUAAUUCUAUUACAAUACAAGGACAUUCCGCAGGAUCUAUUUCUGUCUGUCUUCAUUUGAUUGCGCCUGCAUCUCAAAAUUUAUUUCAGCGUGCUAUCAUGCAAAGUGGAGGUUGUGAUAUGGGACAAGUACCUUUAUCGUAUAUGAAGAUGAUUGGUGAUGAUAUUUCGUCAUAUUUCUGUAAUUCAUCAUUAUCGAAUAUGGUUUCAUGUUUACAAUCUAUCGAUUCAACGAACCUUCUUCAAUAUGCGCAAUCGAAAGGUUAUCUCAAUUUCUUUGCUGCCGUUGCAUUUCAUCCACUGGUCGAUGGUUUGGUUAUUCCUGAUUCAAUUACUAAAUUAUUUCGAACAAAAACAUUUCCAAAAAAUAUUUCACUUUUAACUGGAACAACAAACGCUGAAUUUGGUUUAUUUAUUGCUGGUGGUUUUGAACCAGGAUGGCAAGUAAGAAAUGUCAGUCAAACUGUUCUAUCACAAUGGAUUCAAAUAUAUUCAAAAGGACAAUCUGCCUAUUUGAAUACCACUUAUAAUCCCUAUGUCAAUCCAUAUGUACCUCCAAUAUUACUCAAUUACUAUGGCUUAACGGAUGCGCUAUCCACAGGUAUAAUGCAAUGCCCUGUUCGUCGAAUAGCUGCUUAUCUAACGAACAAUGGAAAUGGAUCAGUAUAUUUAUAUUCAUUCAAUUAUAUUCCUUUAUCAUCUCCCUUUGCUGAUUUAUCACAAUCCGUUCAUGGUCAAGAACUUCCAUUUGUAUUCAAUAUGGCGAAUUCAUCACCAUUAACACAAAUUAUAUUUCCAGUUAAUACGUUCAAUACAGAUGAACAAAUAUUAGCAUGGGCUAUGAGUUUGCUUUGGAUUAGAUUUAUUGUGAAUGGGAAUCCUAAUACACCAUUAAAUAAUGAAACUACAAAUCCAUUAAUCAAUCAAUUGAGCCAACUUGGAGGUUGGCCAACGUAUUCCACCACGAAUGCUUCUUCAUACAUCAUUAUUUCAAAUACAGUGUCAGGAAAUAGUAGUGCAACAAUUCAAUUAGCAACCAGUGGCUAUCAUUCACCAACAUGUGCUGCAUGGGAUGUCAUUGUUGCUAAUCUCAACAUCACCAAAUUAUGUAACAUUGGUUAUACAGGAUCUGAUUGCACAAAAACAAAUAGCGCUAUAUUCAAUACCCUUUCAUUUUUUAGGCUCAACCCAAUAUUGAUUCUUAUGUAUUUUGCAUCAUCUUAA